CUAACGCUUAGAACGAUGGUAUUUUUACAUAUUUUAGAUAUUUUAGUGGUGGUAUUCAGUGUUCAUCUAACUGCAAUACUUUCCACACCCAUUGUGGGUGGCCAACCAGUUGUAAGGCAAAAUAGUUGGGAAAUUUUGAAAUAUCCCUACAUUGCAUCAUUACAAGAAAAAAUCAUAACUUCGGAUAAUUGCCAGGAGUAUUAUUUUAAGCAUUUCUGUGGUGGAACUCUAUUAAACCACAACUGGAUAUUAUCAGCAGGACAUUGUUUGUGGCACAAAAAAAUCGAAACCGUGUUUGCCAUUAUCGGUCAUGAAAAUUUAACUAACAUUCUGCCAUCUGAACGUUUGCCUGUGGAAAGAUUUGAAUUUAUAUCUUUUCAACCCGAAAGUCUGCAGAAUGAUAUCGCAUUGGUGCGUUUGAAAGAACCUUACUUUUCGCCUUUCCAGUCGUCAAACAACAAUGUCUAUGGCAAAUUACCUUUGUAUGGAAUGAAAGCUUACCGAAAAAGUCCCUGUAAAAUAAUAGGCUUUGGAGCAAAGCAUCAUGCCGGCCAGUCGCAAGAGAAUCUCGAAGAGGGUGAAGUUUAUGUGAUAAGUAAUAAAAAAUGUCGACGCUUAUUGGGCUACGUUUGGGCUCCGCAAAGAGGCGGCAAUACCGUCUGUGCUUUGGGCCAUGGUCAGGAUACUUGUCAGGGAGAUUCUGGUGGACCACUGAUUUGUAAUUACGAUGAUGUGGAAUAUAUUUAUGGCAUAGUUUCACAUGGUCUAACAUGUGGUCUUAAGGGUAUACCCAGUGUUUAUACAGUCACCGGGCCUUACAUGGAGUGGAUAAGUCUAGUGAUAGAUGAUUAACAGGUGCUUAAUAUUGCAAUGAUUUGUAAUACAAAUAGAAAAACACAUGCUUACUUAACCCAUGUGAUGAUAGUUGAUAUUAAAUAAAUGUUAUUCUACUUAAAUGAA